AACCACUUAUUAGUUUCUACUAAAAAGAAAAAAGUUCACUUCUCUUCAUCUUUCGAUUUUGUUUUCCUGCAACUUCUCUCCAGUUGUCUCAAAAACAUGAGCAUAAUAACUUUGAUUUAAAUGGAUGAUCUGUUUAUUUUCUGUUAUCCUCUCCAUCGUAAUGGAAUGAAGGUGGAGUGGCCAGAGCUAAAAGGAGUGAGUGGACUUCAAGCAAAGGCAAGAAUAGAAAGUGACAAUCCACGUGUGACUGCUUUCAUUUACCCUCAAGGUGUUUAUCUACCAUCCAUCAAUUGUUGCAACCGUGUCAUUCUCUUUGUUCCAGCUGAAGAUUGUCCCAAUGGUCCUGUUCAAAAUCGUCCAAUCAUUGAGCAACAAACUAAUGCAGUUGAAGCAAAGGCGCGAGAGAUUAAAGCAGUAGAGAUUGAAUCAGGUGACAAAAGAAAGGAACUUGAUUUGCUAAGGAACCAGAUCAAGGCAGAGGAAAUGACUCUCAUUGAGCUUAAGAAAUUAGUGCAGAAUACUCAAAGGGAACUUGAGUUGAAGAAGAAAGAGUUGAGACAGACGAGCAGUGUGUUUGUUAAGCACGAGCAGCAGCCCGCUGCAGCAGAGACUGAGCAGUUUAGUGGAGAUCCUCUCAUGCGUUAUGAAAUUUCAUCAGUUUCUCUUGGUCACCAUGAAGUUUCCAAUGUCCUUAGAGCUAAACCUGAUCAUCCAGGAAGAUAUGUUCUGAAUCUAGUGGAGGGAGAAGUUAAGGAUGCUCAUCGCAAAAAGGAAUCUGGUUUACGGGAGUUAUUGGUGGAGAAUUUGGUUGUGUUUUUUGAAGAGCUAGCAGAAAUGAAAGGAUGGGACCAGGCUCAACUGCAGCUCAAGGCGAUACAGGUGGCUACUAUUUGGAAAAGGUUGAUAAGCAUCGAAGCUCCAAGAUCAUCUCUUGAGGCUUUGGCUUUUUUGUUGUUCAUUGUGGUAUAUGGAUUAAAGAGUUUGAUCAAUGAAGAAGAGACUGCUCUACUUGUCACAUCUGUUUCUCAUUACAAACAGGGUCCAAAACUCUUUCAUUCGCUUGGUCUCGAACUUAAGAUCCCAGAUUAUGUGCUAGGUCUCAUAAACAACCGCCAUUAUAUUCCUGCAGUCCGACUUGUAUGUUUGUUCAAGCUUAAAGACUUCCAACCCCAAACUCUCUUAAUGAAAGAGGUCAUCGAUUUAAAACGUUCUGUCCUGGAAAAAGCUGAGAACAAAGACAUUGGAAGAUUGAGAGCCAUCGUUGAACUUGCAGCAGAUUAUAUGCUUGACAUUGAUUUUCAGCGGACCUUAUUGCCAAACUCAUGUUUCAUAAAGAAAACUCAACACCACAUGUGCUUCACUGCUCCGUUGAAGCACCAAGCUCUUCAGCCAAUGGUGGGUCUUCAGGUUCAAGGGUUGGACUUCAGGAACCGUACGUCGGAGAUUGUUAAACACGGUGAGGGAAAAAAGAUGGCGGGACAAUCAAGAAAAUGGAUGAUUCUCGUAGCGACGAUCUGGAUUCAAGCAUUUACCGGUACGAAUUUCGAUUUCUCGACGUAUUCGUCGAAUUUGAAAUCGGUUCUAGGGAUUUCGCAAGUACAAUUGAAUUAUCUCGCCGUUGCUUCGGAUCUUGGUAAAGUUUUCGGUUGGUCAUCGGGACUUGCACUUUUGUAUUUCCCUCUUUGGACGGUUCUUUUCGCGGCGGCGAUUAUGGGUUUCGUUGGUUAUGGUGUUCAAUGGCUCGUCAUCACUAACGUUAUCUCUUUGCCUUAUAUUCUGGUGUUUCUGUGUUGUUUGCUAGCUGGGCUAAGUAUCUGUUGGUUUAACACAGUCUGCUUUGUGCUCUGUAUCAGAAACUUUCCAGCAAACAGAUCACUUGCUCUUUCUCUCACAGUGAGCUUUAAUGGUGUAAGUGCUGCUUUAUACACUCUUGCUUACAACGCAAUCAAUCCUGUUUCUACAGAGCUAUACCUACUCUUAAACGCUCUUGUACCUCUUUUUGUCUCAUUCGCUGCUCUCAUCCCUAUUCUUCGCCAACCGCCUCUUGAACCUCUUCCACCAGAUGGAGUUCGAAGAGACUCUCUCAUGUUUCUAUUGCUUAACAUAUUAGCGGUCUUGAAUGGUGUUUAUCUGCUUCUCUUUCGUUCAAAGACUUCUGAUGUAACUUCAGCUCGUCUUCUCUUUGGUGGAUCAAUACUUCUCCUGAUUCUUCCUCUAUGCCUUCCUGGUCUAGUCUAUGCUCGUAAUUGGUAUCUACACAAUAUCCACUCCAGUUUCCGUCUAGAAGGUUCUGGUUUCAUUCUUGUUGAUGUUGAUGAGCUUGAGAUGCAUAAAGGAAUGGUGACACGUGAAGCCAGCCUUGAAGGCUACCAGUUGCUAAACGAUGAUGUAGUGCGAGCUGUCAAUACUCCUGAUCAGAAGAGUUUCAUUGAAGAUGACGACGGAUGUUGUUGCACUAAGCUCAUUACAAGAAAUCAGCUUGGGAUGCUUGGAGAAGAACAUCCUUUAUCUUUACUCUUAUGCAGAUCAGAUUUCUGGCUUUACUAUAUAGCCUACUUUUGCGGCGGCACGAUUGGACUGGUUUAUAGCAACAACCUGGGACAGAUUGUACAAUCUUUAGGACAAAGCUCUGAGACAACAACUCUUGUAACGCUUUAUUCGUCUUUCUCAUUCUUUGGUCGAUUACUUUCAGCAACACCGGACUAUAUCAGAGCGAAGGUUUAUUUUGCUAGAACAGGGUGGCUAGCCGUUGCUCUUUUACCAACCACAAUUGCUCUUUUCUUGUUGGCAUCAUCAGGAAGCUUGGCAGCGUUACAAGCAGGAACAGCUCUAAUUGGUCUAAGCUCGGGUUUCAUAUUUGCAGCAGCGGUUUCCAUAACAUCUGAGCUUUUUGGACCCAACAGCGUCGGGGUUAACCACAACAUCCUCAUCACAAACAUACCGAUAGGAUCGUUGGUCUACGGUUUCUUAGCUGCUUUGGUGUAUGAAUCCCACAGUGUGGCUGGGUCAAAGACCGAGUCAGUUAUAUGUAUGGGACGAGACUGUUAUCUCCUAACGUUUGUGUGGUGGGGAUGCUUGUCGGUGAUUGGACUAGCUUCAAGUGUUGUUUUGUUUCUGAGAACUAGACGAGCCUAUCAACGUUUUGAACAAGAUCGUAUAACUUCGAGCAUGCUCUAUUCUUAGAAUUUUCUCCAAGAAAUUGGGGGAAAAGUUGGAAACGAUGACUCAAACUUGUGCAGAGAUGUGUUAGUGCACAUAAGUUUUGAUCCUUUUUGCAGAAAUAAGAAUAAAGAGGGAGUCUUAGGACAUAAGUGUGUGCAGAUGAAGAGUUUUUUUGCAGAUUUGCUUUUUUUGUUUGUUUUUGGUAUAUACUGCAAUCACUUCACCUUGUAGAAGAUUGGAAUGAUUACGAGUUUGCCUUCAUCCAUGCAUUCUUUGAUCUUGACCAGUUCUUCUAAUCCCCAUGUUGAUUUGGUGUAUCUGUUUGAGAAGACUACUAUCGCAAUCCUUGACAAUGCAAACCUUUGACCUAGUAAGCCAUACAUAAUCAAUGUAACUGUACUGU